UGCGGCGUGUGUGUGCGUGAGUGCGGACGCGCUGGGUCAGUCAGUAGCACGCAGAGCAGAGCGUCAAUGAAUUACGCUUUCUAGCGAAGUAUGAAGUCUGAACGGUGAGCUAACUGGGCGACUGUGGCAAGCACUGGAUGUGCAUCUGGGGUUUCGGACCUAUGGAACAUCAUCCUAAACUCAUAUUGUUCUCAUACUCCUGAGGGAAAUGGGGAACGGAAUAUCAGAGCAACCCAACUUUCUGUCCAGUCUUCCGUUCUGUAAUUCUCUUCACAUCGCUAUUCUGGGUCUGGACUUUGCAGGCAAAACGACGGUCCUGUACCGUCUGCAGUUCAAUGAGUUUGUCAACACUGUCCCCACCAAAGGUUUCAAUGCAGAGAAAGUCAAAGUAGCUGUUGGGGACUCACAAACAGUGACGUUUCACUUUUGGGACGUUGGCGGCCAGGAGAAACUGCGCCCUCUUUGGAAGUCCUACACACGCGGCACUGAUGGCAUCAUGUUUGUUGUGGACUCUCUGGACACGGAGAGAAUGGAAGAGGCGAAGACGGAGCUUUACAAAAUUGCUCGCUCCUCAGAAAAUCAAGGAGUGCCUGUGUUGAUUAUUGCUAACAAGCAGGACUUGAGACGGGCUCUGUCAUUGUCACAGAUAGAGACCAUGCUGGCACUCAAUGAACUGGGACCCUCUACGCCGUGGCACCUGCAGCCCACUUGCGCCAUCAUUGGUGACGGUCUCAAAGAGGGGCUUGAAAGACUUUAUGACAUGGUCCUAAAACGAAGAAAGAUGCUCAAACAGCAAAAAAAGAAAAGAUAGACCGUUAUUGUAUUAUAUAAAAGGAGGAAAAAAAGGACAAUGCAAGUUGAUAGUUUCAAACUUAAAUUUUUAUGUGCCCAGAGUUGGUUAGAAUCAACAAGCACUUUAGUUGUUUACUUUCUCAUUGUUUACUUCUCUGGUUGUUUACUAUCUGUCAUAGACUUAAAUCUUUAUAUUAAGUUUAUAUAUUUCUUUUAUCACACUGAAAGGUGAUUUUUGUUGGAGGUUUUAUUUAGAUUGUUUAUUUGCAAUAAAAUGGCUUGUUUAUUCUAAAUUGUCACAUCAUGUAAUACUUUAACACAUAGGCCUGCCAAAUAUUAUUUCAUUUUAUGGUCCGGUAUUUUUCCUUGCACUAUCAUGUUAAAGGAAUAGCUCACCCAACAACUAAAAAUCUGUGAAUGAAAACCUAUUUACAUUAUUUUAUGUUUAUGUUGUUCCCUGAACAUUUCAUUCUUUUUUACAGAAAGCUAUUGUAUAUAGGGAUGCACGAUAUCAGUAUCAUAUCAGUUAUCAGUCAAUAUUUUUUACUUGUAGUGAUAUUGGAUAUUUAGUUGUGCAUGCUCUUUAGUUUUACAUUUAGAUUAUAAUUGCAGUCAUUUAAUGCUCACUUCAAGUUCAAAUUUAAAACCACAAAAAAUUGAAUAACAGUUAAAUGUAAUAGGAAUAUCCAUUUUUCAUGCUGUACAUUUAUAAUGUUGUGAUGCCUACAUUGAUUUUAGUUUUUGUUGACAAUUGUAAAUAUUUUAAUAUUGAUUUAACUGUUACAGUCCAUAACAUUAAAGUAAUUAUUGGCAUAUUAGUAUGGUGCAGAAUUUCAGUAUUGGUGCAUUCCUAAUUACAAGCCAUUAGAAAACAUAUAAUGUACAGCACAAGUUAUAUGGAUUGCUGUUAUGAUACUUUUAUGGUGCUUUGUGUCACUUUUGGAGGUUUAAUGAUUCAUACCCAAUUCAUUUUUCACAUAUUCAUGUUUCACACAAAGAAUUAGGCUAAGUCAUACAGGUUGGUGAGGAAAAUAUAUACAUAUUUUUUUAUUUUUGGGUGAACUGUUCCUUUAAUGCAUCCCUUUAAAAAACAGUACUUGGAGCCUUGUACCACCACAUUCUUCUUUGGUUCAGUAAUACUAAGGUGAGAAUAAAAAGCAAAUGCCUCUGUAUCGUACAUUAUAAGACCUCUGUCUGUUGUUAUCAGAUUAGAAAUGACCUUUCACCUAUGAUGUAUCCACCUUUGCAGGCAUCAGAAACAUUGAAAGAGCUCAACUGGAAGGAAUUUGUAGGAUUUAUCUGCUGUGUAUCACAUGCUCCUCUAAAUUCCAGUCCUGCCUCGUAAAUCCAGAGCGACUGGGACUCUUACCUCCCCGUUCCAUUGAUGUCAGUAAUGCUGAGCUGGGAUGGUGACACUG